CCGACCUUAUUUUAGCAUCCAGCCGGCGGCCGGUGGUCUUCCUGUCGGCCGGACCCGCAACUCAGCAAUCUCCACUCCUCCGGCAGCCCCCGGCCCGGCCCGCGCCCCAAGGAGUCUGCAUGUCCGUCUGAGUGUCCGUCCGUCCCUCGGACCGCAGACAUGCUCAGCUUUGCGGACGCGCGCCUCUGGCUGCUGCUCGCGGCCACUUGGUGCCUGGCCGCAGCUCAGGCUGUACAAGAGACACCCAAAGGAAGAAAGGGACCACAAGGAGACAGAGGCCCACGCGGUCCAAGAGGUCCCCCAGGCCCUCCCGGCAGAGAUGGUGAAGAUGGUCCCCCAGGCCCUCCCGGGCCCCCUGGUCCUCCUGGCCUUGGUGGGAACUUCGCAGCCCAGUAUGACAGUAGCAAAGGAAUGGACUUAGGCCCAGGACCGAUGGGUUUGAUGGGACCCAGAGGCCCCCCUGGUGCCAGCGGACCUCCCGGUGCCCAAGGCUUCCAAGGACCUGCCGGCGAGCCUGGAGAGCCUGGUCAGACUGGCCCUGCUGGUUCCCGAGGACCCCCUGGACCCCCUGGAAAGUCUGGUGAAGAUGGUCACCCUGGGAAGCCUGGAAGGCCUGGUGAGAGAGGCAUCGUUGGACCACAGGGUGCUCGUGGCUUCCCUGGGACUCCCGGCCUGCCUGGAUUCAAGGGAAUUCGGGGGCACAAUGGUCUGGACGGAUUGAAAGGACAAGCUGGUGCUCCUGGUGUCAAGGGGGAACCUGGUGCCCCCGGUGAGAAUGGAACUCCCGGCCAAGCAGGAGCCCGAGGCCUUCCAGGAGAGAGAGGGCGCAUUGGAGGCGCUGGCCCUGUGGGAGCCCGUGGAAGUGAUGGGAGCGUUGGCCCCGUUGGUCCUGCUGGUCCCAUCGGCUCUGCUGGUCCCCCUGGCUUCCCAGGUGCCCCUGGCCCCAAGGGAGAACUCGGCCCUGUCGGCAACCCUGGCCCCGCUGGCCCCGCCGGUCCUCGUGGGGAGCUGGGUCUUCCCGGCUUGACUGGCCCUGUUGGCCCUGCAGGUAAUCCUGGUGCCAACGGUCUCACAGGAGCCAAGGGUGCUGCAGGACUCCCUGGUGUCGCUGGAGCCCCCGGUCUGCCUGGUCCUCGAGGUAUCCCUGGUCCUGCAGGCGCUGCUGGUGCCUCUGGUCCCAGAGGACUUGCAGGUGAGCCUGGUCCUGCUGGUUCCAAAGGAGAAAGUGGAAACAAGGGGGAGCCGGGUUCCGCCGGGCCCCAAGGCCCUCCCGGCCCCAGCGGUGAAGAAGGCAAGAGAGGACCCAAUGGCGAGCCAGGGUCCACCGGCCCCACAGGACCCCCAGGACUCAGAGGUGUCCCAGGAUCCCGGGGUCUUCCUGGAGCUGAUGGCCGAGCUGGUGGCAUGGGUCCCCCUGGUAACCGCGGCCCCUCUGGUCCUGCUGGAGGGAGAGGCCCCAAUGGAGAUGCUGGCCGGCCUGGUGAGCCUGGUCUCAUGGGCCCCAGAGGUCUGCCUGGCUCCCCUGGAAAUACUGGCCCCACUGGGAAAGAAGGCCCUGCCGGUCUUCCUGGUGCUGAUGGCAGACCUGGCCCCACGGGUCCUGCUGGGAACAGAGGUGAACCUGGUAACAUUGGCUUCCCCGGGCCUAAAGGCCCCAAUGGUGAUCCUGGCAAAAGUGGGGAAAAAGGUCAUGCUGGUCUUGCUGGAGCUCGGGGAGCCCCCGGCCCUGAUGGGAACAACGGUGCUCAGGGACCCCCUGGCCCUGCUGGUGUCCAAGGUGGAAAAGGUGAACAGGGUCCCGCUGGUCCUCCAGGCUUCCAGGGUCUACCUGGCCCCUCAGGCCCUGCUGGUGAAGGUGGCAAAGUAGGAGAAAGGGGUCUCCCUGGUGAAUUUGGCCUCCCCGGACCUGCUGGCCCAAGAGGUGAGCGUGGUCCCCCUGGAGAAAGUGGAGCAGUCGGUCCUACAGGUGCCAUUGGAAGCCGAGGUCCAUCUGGCCCCCCAGGCCCCGAUGGCAACAAGGGUGAGCCUGGUGUCGUUGGUGCCCCUGGCAAUGCUGGUCCCGCUGGGUCUGGUGGCGUGCCUGGAGAGCGAGGUGCUGCUGGUGUCCCUGGAGGCAAAGGAGAGAAGGGUGAAACUGGUCCCAGAGGUGAAUUUGGCAACCCAGGCAGAGACGGCGCUCGGGGAGCUCCUGGUGCGAUAGGUGCCCCAGGUCCAGCUGGAGCCACUGGUGAGAGGGGUGAAGCCGGUCCUGCUGGCCCUGUUGGCCCCACUGGUGCUCGAGGUGCUCCUGGUGAUCGCGGAGAGGCUGGGCCCGCUGGGCCCAAUGGAUUCGCUGGACCUCCUGGUGCAGCUGGCCAAGCUGGAGCAAAGGGAGAACGCGGAACCAAAGGACCCAAGGGAGAAAACGGUGUUGUCGGCCCCACUGGCCCUGUGGGUGCAGCUGGCCCCGCGGGUCCUAAUGGCCCCCCUGGUCCUGUUGGAGGUCGUGGUGAUGGUGGCCCCCCUGGGGCGACUGGUUUCCCUGGUGCUGCUGGAAGAACUGGAUCCCCUGGCCCUGCUGGUAUCACGGGACCUCCCGGCCCCCCUGGUGCUUCCGGCAAAGAAGGUCCUCGUGGUCCUCGUGGUGACCAAGGUCCCAUUGGCCGUGCUGGAGAGACAGGUGCUGUUGGCCCCCCUGGCUUUUCUGGAGAGAAGGGUCCUCCCGGAGAGUCUGGUGCCACUGGUCCCCCCGGCUCCUCAGGUCCCCAAGGUCUUCUCGGUGCUCCUGGUAUUCUCGGUCUGCCUGGCUCCAGAGGAGAGCGUGGUCUUCCUGGGAUCUCUGGCUCCCUGGGUGAGCCUGGGCCUCUUGGCAUUGCUGGUCCUCCGGGUGCUCGAGGGCCCCCUGGUGCCGUAGGUAGCCCUGGUGUCAAUGGUGCUCCUGGUGAAGCCGGUCGUGAUGGUAACCCUGGCAACGAUGGUCCCCCGGGCCGAGACGGUCUCGCUGGUCACAAGGGAGAGCGCGGCUACCCCGGCAAUCCUGGUGCUGUUGGUAAUGCUGGUGCUCCCGGCCCUCAUGGGACGGUGGGUCCUGCUGGCAAACCUGGAAACCGAGGUGAACCGGGUCCUGCUGGCUCAGUGGGUCCUGUCGGCCCCUUCGGUGCAAGAGGCCCCAGUGGUCCCCAAGGUCCUCGAGGUGACAAGGGAGAACCUGGAGAGAAAGGACCAAGAGGAUUGAAUGGCUUCAAAGGGCACAAUGGAUUUCAAGGCCUUCCCGGCAUCUCCGGACAACACGGUGACCAAGGUGCUCCAGGCUCAGUUGGCCCUGCCGGCCCCAGGGGUCCUGCGGGUCCUUCUGGCCCUGUUGGCAAAGACGGUCGCCCUGGACACGCAGGUGCUGUUGGGCCUGCUGGCCAACGUGGUUCUCAAGGCAGUCAAGGCCCUGCUGGUCCCCCUGGCCCCCCUGGCCUGCCUGGUCCCCCUGGCCCAAGUGGCGGUGGCUAUGAUUUUGGUUACGAAGGCGAUUUCUACCGGGCUGACCAGCCUCGCACCCAGGCUUCCCUCAGACCUAAGGACUAUGAAGUGGAUGCUACUCUGAAGUCUCUCAACAACCAAAUUGAGACCAUCCUCAGCCCAGAAGGUUCCAAGAAGAACCCUGCUCGUACCUGCCGGGACCUGAGACUCAGCCACCCCGAAUGGAGCAGUGGGUUCUACUGGAUUGACCCCAAUCAGGGCUGCACCAUGGACGCCAUCAAAGUAUAUUGUGACUUCUCCACUGGGGAGACCUGCAUCCGAGCCCAGCCCGAGAACAUCCCUGCCAAGGCCUGGUACAAUAACAGGAAUCCCAAGGUCAAGAAGCACGUGUGGUUUGGGGAGACACUCAAUGGUGGCACCCAGUUUGAAUACAACACAGAAGGUGUAACUUCAAAGGACAUGGCCACACAACUGGCCUUCAUGCGCCUGCUGGCCAACCAUGCCUCUCAGAACAUCACCUACCACUGCAAGAACAGUGUGGCUUACAUGGACGCCGAGAGUGGCUCUCUGAAGAAGGCCGUCAUCCUGCAGGGCUCCAAUGACGUAGAGCUCACUGCCGAAGGCAACAGCCGCUUCACCUUUACUGUCCUGGAAGACGGCUGCUCAAGAAAGACCAAUGAGUGGGGAAAGACUGUCAUCGAAUACAAGACCAACAAGCCCUCGCGCUUGCCCUUCCUUGACAUCGCACCUUUGGACAUUGGCGAUGCAGACCAAGAAUUCCGUUUGGACAUUGGCCCAGUCUGUUUCAAAUGAAUGAACUCAAUCUAAAUUUAAGAAAAUGAAAAGAGAAAAAAAAGACAACCAAAAAGUGUUCUCUCUUUACCAUUUCUUCCUUCCUUUUUUGUACUGAGAUCUGAUUCCUUCUGUUUCUUCUGCUUAAACUCUGGGCAAAAGAGGCAGGGUCAGGACUAUUGGAGCACCGUGCAAUGCAGUUUAAUACAGGUCCCUAAUCCCCGCCCCCUCCCUAAAGGACUUGGAAGUGUCUCAACAUCCUAACACCUUGUUGUGGGAAAGGUCAACUUUUGUAAAGAACAGAAACCAAAAAAGAAAAGAAAAAAUAAAAACCAUAAACGUUUGCACCA